AUGCCAUCGCCGCAUAACAAUCUUUAUGAUGGGGACGACGACGAUUAUAAAGAUGGUAAGUCGAAAAGAAGGCUUUCUAAAUGGCAAUAUUUCAUAAGGAACAAACUAACUCAAUUAGAACAACUAUGCAACUUUCACAAAAUACUACAAUAUAACGUUGGGCAGAACCCUAAGAAAACAUUGACGAUUUUUUCCCUUGUCAUUCUUAUCGUAUUCUUUUGUCUUAAAGGUACGUUGUUUGGAUCAGAUACUUCAACGUAUGCAUCAGGAAUAUUGAAAUCAUCCACUUCGAGCAUGGGGAAAACUUCUGCUAAUUUGAACAUUCAAGAUUAUUAUGAUGAGGAUAAAUUCUUCGAUUUACAAAUGAAAAAAUCCAAAUGGAAAUUUUGGCAAAAAGAUCCCAAGAUUGUUAUUAUACUUGCUGCCAAUGAAGGUGGUGGGGUCUUAAAAUGGAAGAAUGAGGAAGAAUGGGCUAUUGAAAAAUUAUCCAUUAAUGAUAAGAAAAAAUAUGCAAAGAGACAUGGGUAUGGAUUAACUAUUAAGGAUUUAACUAUUGCUAAAAGAUAUUCCCAUGAAUAUAGAGAAGGAUGGCAAAAAGUGGAUAUAUUGAGACAAACAAAGAGAGAGUUCCCAAAUGCUGAAUGGUUUUGGUGGUUGGACUUGGAUACUUUGAUUAUGGAACCUGAUAAAUCUUUAGAAGAUCAUAUUUUCAAUAGAUUAGAUUCUAUUGUGGAUAGGAGCCUGAAUGAGUUUAAUCCAUUGGGAUUGGAACAAGAUAUUCCAUAUUUAGAUACAUCUCAAGAUUUAGAAUUUUUGAUUACUCAAGAUUGUGGUGGGUUUAACUUAGGUUCAUUUUUCAUAAAGAACACAAAAUGGGCUGAUCUGCUGCUGGAUAUUUGGUGGGAUCCUGUUACUUAUGAACAAAAACAUAUGGUUUGGGAACAUAGAGAACAAGACGCUUUAGAAUCUCUUUAUGCUACACAAUCGUGGAUUCGUUCUAAAGUCGGAUUUUUACCAUUAAGAUCCAUUAAUGCAUUCCCACCAGGAGCAUGUUCUGAAUUUAAAGAUGAUCCAAGAUAUUUCUACAACCCAAAUGAUCAUGACUUCCUUGUAAAUAUGGCUGGUUGUAAUUUCGGUAGAGAUUGUUGGGGAGAAAUGAAAUAUUAUACCACUCUUUUAGAAAAGAUGCACUCUAAGUGGUACUCUAGAUUUUUCUGA